AUGACUGCCUCCACUGAGGAAGACGCCUUGCCUCCACUACUCGCGACGAGAGAGCCGUCCGACACUGGCUGCACGGAUUCAGAGGCCAUUUCAACAGUAGUUCCUGAAACACAUACUGCGACAGGCGAUGAAUCGACGGAGCUGCAGGUUGAGAAAGAACACGAAGUAAGAAAAGCUCGACACGGUACUGCUGCCACCGAAGAUUUACUGGAAGGUAGCGAAAGAAGCACCAAAUCUGAGGCGAGCCAAACCACAAAAACCGAGAACACGACACCCGGCAAGCUGGAGGAAAUUCGCGCAGUGACCAAUCGAGUUGUGCACGAGACUCUGCAAGACUCGGUCUAUGACCAGGAGAAAGUGAAUGAGUGGUGCGAGACAAUUGUGGAUAGUUCCCUGCGGGGACUCAACGAUCUCCGGAGGCCCUACAAGUACGUGGUCACGUGCGUGAUCGUAGAAAAGGCGGAAUCGGGAACGCACACCGCAGCUACGGCGUUUUGGGAUCAAGAAAACGAUGGCCUUUGGUCAGCUCACAUCUGUAAUUCCACGCUCGAUUGCUUCACAACAGUGUUCUGGCUGAGAAACAAGAGCGAGUAUGGCACAGCUAGAUCUAGAAGGAGCUGAAUUCAUCGGGCGCACCGAACGUGCCGAAAAAGGACUGAACAGAAGAAGCAUUGAAGUGGCGUCUUGUUCGGAAAAAACGUCUACUCACUCGACACCAGCGUGCGACUUUCAGGUUGCACGCGUUUCAAGAAUUCGGAUAACGUGG